GAACGUCAGCUAUGAGAAUGAGCUGCAACGGCUGCAGAGUCCUCCGCAAGGGCUGCAGCGAUGACUGCGUCAUAAGGCCCUGCCUACAAUGGAUCAAGUCCGCCGAUUCCCAGGCCCACGCCACCGUCUUCCUCGCCAAGUUCUACGGCCGCGCCGGCCUCAUCAACCUCAUCAAUGCCGGCCCUCCCCACCUCCGUCCGGCCAUUUUUAAGUCGCUGCUCUACGAGGCCUGCGGUCGGAUCAUCAACCCCAUAUACGGGUCGGUCGGGCUGCUCUGGUCCGGCAACUGGGGGCACUGCCAAGCCGCCGUCGACGCCGUCCUCAGGGGCUCCUCCCACAUCAUGCGGCACCCUUCGCUGGAUUCAGGUUCGACCCCGGCCGCGUCUCAGCCCCUCCCCGCCCUUAAGGCCUACGACAUCCGCCACUUCCCCAAGGCCGGGGGCUCACAAGGCCUCCACAGGGCCCGGUUCAAGCGCCCCAGGCUCGGCGUCGACCUGAAGCCGGACGGCUGGCCUCACCCGGAGGCGAGCUACUCGACGUCGCCAGAGGAUGACAGCGUGUUCUCCGUGGAGACCGUGGAGGCUGAACCUGAGGGCCCGUCUCAGCCGAGCCAGAUUUUGGCUUUCGACGGCCAAGGUGGUGAGAGUGACGAGGAUCGGGUCGGGUUGGAGCUCACUCUUGGCGUGGCUCAGAGUCAACAACAGAGCGGCUCAUGCAAAUCUGAGUCUGAUCAUGGUCAACACUCGUGAUUGAGAGUCGCAAGGAAACGAGAGAGAGAGA